CAACGAACUACACUGGCUGCCAAGAUGAAGCCAGACCUUCGUCCUUUUGAGAUGUUCAUGAAGCAAAACAAGAAACAGAAAGGAAAGUCAGAUCGACCCGUACUAUCUAAAGAAAAAUAUGUGAGAAUUCCUCGUUCGAAAUUUUUUCCUCGACUCGUUCGCACGAUGAACUACGUUCGAUUUUGGAUCACACCGAUAGAAUGUAGCACAGUACAACGAACUACAACGCACAGGAGUGACUCACUUAUUUGUGACAACGUAUACGAAUUAUACUAACUUGCACCACCAAGCAAUUAAUUAUUUCCAAAUCUGAACAGGAGCAAGAAAGCCCUGGUGGCUCACCUCAGUUUUUUCCCAUUAGUUUUUCUGUUAGGAACCCAAUACAUUCUGGCGCUUCUUCGAUUUCGAACAUCAGAAGUAUGACUGUCGCUUCUACCAUGACUCCGCAAAGAAUCUGUAGGGAUAAAAGUAGGAGAUUUAUUACUUCGGCAAGAGCAUUUAUUUCGAUAGAAGACCAGAAGUGCUGUUGCAGUGACAGAUCAGGAUCAGGAAAAAUAACUCCGAUACAACCGAAGGAUUUGAGAACAAGUCAGCGCUAGCUACAGGUAUAAAAAAAGAUGACCGAAAGGCGCGAGCGCGAUUCCUCCGGCGAUUCCUCCCUUUCUCGCCAAGUGCGUAGACAUCACGACAAGAAGCGUCGCGCCGCUCGUGAGAAGGACGAGGAGGAGGAUGACAAUAAACACAAACAACGUCCUCGCGCAAGGGGACAAAAGCGAGGCGACAGCCGCAGGGACGAUAUUACUAGCGACGGCGAUCAUAGACGGAGGAAGCAGGAGCAUAGCCAAAGACGCAAGCGUAGUAGAAGUCCUCGGUCUACUGGGUCCACCUCUCGGUCGCGCGACCGCCCAGCGAAGGCAAUCAAGCCGAACAAGCGAAAGAACGACCGACGUGGGGAGGAAGAUAAAAACAGCGAGCGUGCUGACCGACGCGAACGAAGACGGGGUACGACCAGCCGUAGCCGUGGCGGCGAUAGAAGAACACCUGCGCGCAGUCGGAGUAGAGAAGUAGACAGACGUGCUGCUGGCAAGAGGAACGGCAAGCGAGGAGACUCGCGGGGAGGUCGUUCUUCCCGUGCACGCGGCGAGGACGGCCGACGAAAUAAGGAUCGGACCAGCAGGGAGCGGGGGCGCGAUCGCGACCGGAGGGGAAAUCAGCUACAGCGAGAUGGCAAGAAGGAGGACUCGCGCGAGGCUGGUCCUCGGGAGAGCAAGAACAGACCGGCGUACGAGCUGGAGCCCGAAAAUUUUGAGGAACACCUGAAACGCCGACUACGACGAGAAAAGGAAAAGGAGAAUGAUGCGGCGGACAGCAAGAUCUCCCCAUCGGCUGAAAAGGUGUGCUGAGUUGUUCUUGCAAAAACAGAUCUAGAUAGAGUACAGCUGCAGCUGCCCAGAUAAAAAAUCAAAAAUUUUGAUUCGGCACGAACACAGGAUCGAUCGCACGGCCAGAAAAUGCAGCUGCCACGACCUUGAGCGCCGUAGCUGUUAUUUUAAUUGGAUUUACUUGUAUCAAGGAAAAAAAUCAUCAUUCUGCCGCCCUAAAUCUUUUACCUCCAUAUGAAUUCUCUGUGCUUUCGGAUAACUCUCCCCAGGCAGCAGCGGCGCAGCAACUCGCGCACGUGAGCGCCGUCGCGAACUUCGCCGCAGCGCAGGCGGUGCAGGCGCAGCAAGCCCAGCAGGCGGCCUUGGCCUUCCAGUACGCGAACGACAAAGGGGCACAGCUUGCCAAGCAGAAGAUGAUGAGCGUGCAGAACGUCUUUGGACACAUGUCGGAAGAGGAAGACAACUUGGAAGACACCAAACACGUCAAUAUAUCCAAGAAUCAGGUACUGAUCAUGUAAGUAGUCUUCCCUUCAAACAAGACUUCUAGAAAAUUCAGUGAAGACCUGCGAUGGCGGGAGGGGCCUGCUGUUUACUAUUCGGCCGUCGAUGAACCGGAGCAGCAGAUACCAGUAGUAGAUACCAGCGGAAGUAAAGUCCAGAAAAGCAAACCAGAACUUUUCGACUCCAAAGUUGUCUUCCCGCAGAUUAUGCAGAAUGUUUCACAAUGCGAGCUGCCCCGUAUCAUAAGCAACGAAAAAAAGUAGUCACCCGACGCUCGUGUAAAACGAGAACGCGGAUCGCGCUUCAUCAGCUUUCAUCACGAAAUAAAAAAGCCGAUAUCAUGCAGCUCUGUAUCGAGUCUCGACGAGCGAGCUGCUGCUUGCUUCAUUCGACCGUUAAUAUGAAAAUGAAUAGAAGUAAAUAAAAUCAUGAAGAAUAAGAGUAUCACUCUGCAAAUAGAAUCAAUGCCACUUUUUGGGAACAAGAUAGUAAAAAUGCCUGUACCUCUUGCGUUAACCACGUCACGUAUUCUGGAGAAAAGAUGAACGUCUCAUGCUCGCCCACCUCAUUCCAAAUGUUAUAAAUUCUUACACUGACACAACUCAAUAGGGAGUGAACACGAAGCUAUCGACGGGGCCACACACAUUUGUCCAGAGCAGCGUGAAGCAAAUGUUCCUGAGGUUCCAUAUUUUCCUUUGAUGAAUGGUUGAUGACAGCAUGAUGAUGUGUAUCUAACUCACCAUACUGAUGAAUUUUUGUCGAUAAAAAAGUUUCUCUUGCUGGAAGAGAUUGUGAUUUUUUUUGAGGGAUUUUUUUCGAUCUAGUGUCUUAAGUACUUUAGUACCAUCAACCAGAGCAGUAGGUAGACCUACUAUAUUCAUUUUCGCAAAAUGAGUCGUUCGUUUGUAUGAUGAACUACGCAGUUUGUUGCGUUUAGUUGUUUCGUGUGCAGCCACCGCCCGAAAAUUUAUUUCACUUCUGAUUUGAUUUGAAUGGAUCUGGACACAGAGAGGGUUUGGAAAAAACCCGGGAGCGCGUGGAGAAGACGGCGAUGUCUGCGCUAGACGGUGGCUCUUGCAUUUUGUCGAACGCGGCGAAGCAAGACUCGGUCGUGGUGCCCGAACCCGCUGCACUGUGCCAACUGGCGACCGCGAACCGGAACCAGAAGCUAACCCUGAACUUCAACGCGUUUGGAGUGAAACCACGAAAGAGCGAGGGCGGAGACGACGUUUCCGGGGGCACGAACCUCUCCAGCGAGAGCACGGCGAGCCGUAGCGGUAAAAUAAACGCAUUCCUGCCCGAGGAGGAGGAGGAGGACGACAGGAACAACGGCAGGAUGACAAGAAGGCGGGAGAAGUUCUGCUGCCUCCUUUGUAGACGAAAAUUCCCGUGCCGCGAGGCCCUGGAGAGACACGAACUCUUCUCAGAUUUACACAAAGCAAACCUCGAGAAACAGCUGCUCGGUGUGUGAGGGAAGAUGUGACAUUACAACCGCGACAUCAUGAAGAAAACGAUUUUUCAGCGACAAAAACUUGAAAAAGAAACAAAUCUAGACCUGCUAGUUGUAGUUGUAAAGAUGUGGCCGAGUUUCCACGCGAGGCUGUUCUUCUGGUGUAGUACAUUUUCUCCAAGGCACCAGUUACUGGUUGGUGUUGUCAAAG